AUUAUUUCAGGUCACAUCCUUUGGUUUUUUCCUCUAAUCUGGAUGAGAUGAACCCAGGGGUAUCGGAGUGGAGAGAAGACAUUGGCAGAGUUGUGAAGACCUGCAUAGUUCAGGUCACAGGGAUUAAUGAGGACCAACUCCUGGUCAAGCUGUUUCCAGGUUUACCAACUACAGCCGAGGUCUUCAUUGUACCAGAAAGGAGGUCAAGAGACAGAGGCAUGAAUGAAAAGUGGGCACACCUGGAUCAGUUCUCUCAGGUUCUGCUGAGUGCUCUAAACCAGGAUCUCAUCGAGUUUACAAUCAAACCCGGGCUGCAGGUGAAUGUGUAUGCCACACGGCUGUCUCCAGCUCCUCUUGUGGACGGCAGUGACAGUGGGCACAGUGGCACUGCAGUCAUCAUGCUGGUGUCAGUGGUGCUGAUGGGAUUGGCUAUCUUUGUGAUAUAUAAAUUUAAAAGAAAGAUCCCAGGCAUGAACACGUACGCCACAGAGAAGCCUGACAAAGAACAAGAGGUCAUCCCUGCGGUGACCUCCAUAGCUGUCCCGAACCCUGAGGGGGAUGAGCUGACCUCACUGGACCAUGUGGAUAUACAACUGGACUCAAAAAGCAGAGGCUACCUGCCAUCUCACACAGACAUCAAGCUCUCUGAUGAAGCGCCCCAUGUGUUUUAAUGUUGGAAGUCUAUGACCGACUCGAAAGCAAUACAUCUUCUUUGGCAGUUACUUCCAGCAAGCUAGGAAGCUGCGGUCACAAUGAAUGGUCUCGAGUCUUUUGCUACCCAUGCAUGGAUGGACCAGUUCACACUGUGCUGCCUAAAUCCCUACGAGGAGACUGUACAGAUUUAUACUUGCCUCUUGAAAAGGAACAGUUUUUGACUGAAAUACUUGUAUUUUUGCAAGGACUUUGAUCUUUUUAUGUAAAUACUGUACAUCCAUAAUGGAAGAAGUGAAAGUUAUUUGUCUCAGCUGGUUAUAGCUGCAACUGCUCAAAUAUGAAAACAUCAACAGUGGUAUGACAGUAGAGUGUAAUAUAUAUAAAUAUAUAUAUAUAUAUAUUUAGAACAUUUUUCAUUUUUUUCCUGAUUAUUGGACUUGUGUUUGUGAAGUUUUCUUAUUUUUUAUUUUUUUUGCACAGACUUAUCAGAGUAAGACAGUGAGGGAACCAGAUUCAUUAAGCUCUCUGUAAUCAGUAAAUCUUAUCACCAGAUUCUCAUCCAAUGAAAACUCGCAAUAUCCAGGAGAUGAUGGAGGGCUCCCGAGCCCGGAUCUGUGUAUUCCAUCAAGCCUGUCUCUCUGCAGCUCACAGUGUUAUAUAUGUCAUAGCGGAGAGAAAAACAAAAAAAACACACACAACAAAAGAUUAUAGCAGAUAGGUACGCACAGAAGAUGAGAUUCUCUGAAAUCCCUGUUGUUUAGGAGACACAAAUAAGUCACUUUAGAAACAAUGAAACAUCUUGGAUCUGAAACAAACUGAACUAAAAUAUUCAAAUGAUUUUACCCCUAAAAGAAAUGCUUCAUUCAAUUCUCACAUGGUCCCACCUAUGAGACUACGUGGCCCUAGUGUAAAUUUCCUCUUUGUUGGUUUGUGUAUUUCUUGUACUUUCUGGUUUGUACUGAGAGCUAUAUGUAAAUUUAUUGAAUCAUUCCAAGUGUGGAAUAAUUACAUGAACUAAGAAGAAGCAGCAAGAAAAGAACGAAAAAAGUUUCCUGUUUGUGUUUAAUUAGUAAUAAGAUCAAGGUUUAUUUGCUUUAAAAGAUUUGUUGGCACACUUACAAACUUUUUCUUUGAACUGAGAUUACUGUGAAGGUUGGUGGUGUCUUUCCAACAUUUGCACUGCAUUUUUUUUUUCCUUAUGUUUAUUUUUGUUUUGCUUAAAGCCCUUCUUAUUUAUUCUGGACUGAUUCUCCACCAUCUCCCAAGAUUCCAGAAAUGCAAAGGGGCCCGCAAUGUGUUCUAGGUUUGCCCCCAAGGACUCGGCGGACAAAAGGCUGCAGAUUUGUUCAUCUCCUGCGCUGCGAGGGACACUGAGAUAGAGAAGACGUAUCUCCUGUCAACGCGGCUCAGCCCACGCACACGGCUUCGGUCAGCCGCUGUCUCUUUGGGAUAUGUACCGAGGUCCUUCUUCAUCAAACUUUCUUUUUAAGUGUUGUCAGCAUCAUAUGUCAGUAAGACAAAUUGACUGGAGGCUUCUCCAUACUUCUUCCUAGCAAUCCCCUGAUUGAGCCAGAAGCAUAAAUAAACUCAAGCCCUGAAGAACUCUUCGUGCAGCUGUUCAAAGAUCUUUCUCUUUUUUUUUUUUUUGAAAAUUAUUAAGUGAAAUUAAUCAUCUUUCAGUCCCGGUUAUUAAGCUGUGAAUACAAUCGUGAACAGGUUUCUAUGAUGCUUUUGUUUCCCUUUGAUCUGCUUAAAAUAUGUCUUACCUUGGAGAAAAUGUAUUUCAGUAUUUUGUUUUUUUUUUUUCUUUUUUUUCCAGAGG